CCUCCCAACAAUUUCCCCCUCCACACUCUUUUAACCUCGUCCCUUUCCAUCCAACUAUCCCCUACCCCAACUUUCGCCGCAUCUUCUUCGAGACAAAUGAAUUCUUCUGGAGCAGUGCGCGAUCGCAGCCCGAGUCGACCGAGGCCCAAUUCCCGAAAUGCCGAUGACGCGAAGGAAGUACCGGUACUCGACAAUACCGAUGUAGAUGGUGAGUCACUGGUGCAUGAUUCGGUCUCGAAAGACUCACUGGCCACGGAAUCGAUAAUCAACGAUUCAGUCGAAGUCUCGACUAGAAGUCUUGACCCAAACCUUCAAUCACAGAUCGCCCUAAGUGCGAUCGUCGCCUCUUGGAUUCAAACGAGGUACCAAGGAGAGUCUCCCGAGACAAGGCGUGAGCUAUUCGAGGACUUAUCGAGCCAGUUCGGAACCGUCGGCUUGAACUUCGAAGAUGCUGUAUCUCCACAGUACGAUUCGCAGCGAACUGCCUACAUGAUUGCUGCCGAGAGUUAUGCCCAGGAAAAAUUGGACCAGUUGAGGCUCCAAGGUGUCGCAACAGGGACGGAGAUGGUGGCGUCCGGCACGAGUACGCAGGUUCCAGCCGUAGCGCAUGGAAGUGGUUCCGCUCUUGGUUCUGGACUCGGAGGCCCUAAGUUCCUCAGGAGGAGUGUGUCUCUACCCGAAGGGACCUCGCUACUUCGUCCGGCCAAUGGAACUGCAGCUUUGGUAGCGGAUCCGGCGGCGGCGGGACACCCUCAGGCCUUUAAGCAGUCAAAGCUCACGGAAGAAUACCACGAGCACGAGAUGAUUGGCAGAGGUGGGUUCGGUGAGGUGUACAAGGUCGUACACAAGCUGGAUCAGGCUUGUUACGCUCUCAAAAAGAUCCGCCUGAAGGCGAAUGACUUCUCUGCUCUCGGUGGCGUAGGUCUCGAAGCGAGUAAAAUUCUUAACGAGAUACGCACGCUGGCGAGGCUUGACCAUACGAACAUUGUCCGGUACUUCAAUAGCUGGAUCGAGCACGGCGGUAAUACUGUCGCCCCAAUCCCGCCCGUUCCCGCCCCCGUCCCCACAUCUGCCGCCGCCCCUGGUCUCGCGCCGAUCGCCGAGGAGAGCAUAGACGAGAGCUCGGAUGAUGCAGAAUCGUCAGUCAAUGAGUUCGAUGAAUCGUCAGCCGCCAGUAACGAAGCACGGGGCCGACUCGAAAUCCGAAAUGUCAACAUUACAUUCGAAGACGAUUCUUACAGUGCCAAUGAUGACAGUAAGGUGGACACAUCGCACAUCUUGUUCGAGUGCUCGAAACUUGGCAGCGCUAGCGAGGACUCCAAGGGAAGAAAUAUGGGCACCACGGUCACCGGGGACAAAGCCGCAUCUAUUUUGGACAUGGGCGAGAACGCAACAGAGACCGGAACAUCCAUCUUCGCUGAUGGCGACACUGGUUCCGGCGCCCUUGUGCGCCGCGGCACUCGUAUUGACGGCCCCACCAUCACGUUACACAUCACGAUGUCGCUACACCCGCUCUCGUUGACCCACUACAUCUCACCCCGUGGCUUCAAGAUCCACGACCGCCAUUGCUUCUGCCCUCUGGCAUCGCUCACGAUCUUUCGCGGCAUUGUCUCCGGUGUCGAGUACCUCCAUUCUCAAGGCGUCGUCCAUCGCGAUCUUAAGCCAGGAAACGUCUUUCUCAACAUCGGCGGACCCAUGGACUGCUGCGCGAAUCCAGGCAGUGUCGUAGUCCCCAAAAUCGGCGACUUCGGUCUUGUCGCGGCCAUCGACAACAACCCGAGCCCUCUACUGGUCGCGUCCGGCUCUCCUAUAGGAACGCCAUUCUACUCUGCCCCGGAAGGUGGAAGACACCCGGCGGUGGACGUCUGGGCGCUCGGUGUUAUCCUACUCGAGCUACUAUACAAGUUUGGCACCUUGUCAGAGAGAGCCUUCGUACUGAGCGAUCUCACGAGGAAGGACGACUGCCUGCCGGCGAUCAAGAAGUUACUACUGGGGGACAAGCUGGCGAGCAUCAUUGCGCGAUGCUGUUCGAAAGACCACAUGCUUCGCUACACGGUCAGCGAGCUUAAGCAGGUUGUUAAUGAUUUGAUAACCGAGCUCGAGAAGGAUCACGACCACAGCGACGAGAAUAGGGAGGCGCUUGGAGACUCUCAGCUCCAAGAGGCCUAAUCCGAAGCGGCGAAGAUCAGAUCCGACGGAGUGAUUGUGUGCCUUUUAUACCCCCGUUUCGUUUUACUGUUUGCGAGCAU